AUGUUGUUGGAUGAUUUCUGCUCUGUGGUUCUGCUGUCUUCUUUGGUGCUCAGUGUUGCAGCUCAGAUCAUUGAAGAAAAAGAGGAAAAUGAAGAAUCAAGUGGUGGAAAGAGUUUCACAUGUAAAUCAAAUCUUAAGCAUCACAUGAGAAUUCAUACUGGAGAGAAACCAUUCACUUGCGAUCAGUGCGGGAAGAUUUUCACACAAUCAUCAAACCUUAAGGAUCACAUGAACAUCCACACUGGAGAGAAACCUUACAAGUGUUCACACUGUGACAAGAGAUUCAUUGUGUCAUCAAAUCUGAAAACACAUGAGAGGAUUCACACUGGAGAGAAACCUUAUAAGUGUUCACACUGUGACAAGAGAUUCAGUCAGUCAGUAGGUCUGAAAAAUCAUGAGAGGAUCCACACUAGAGAGAAACCUUAUACGUGUUCACACUGUGACAUGAGAUUCGGUGUGUCAUCCAAUCUGAAAACACAUGAGAGGAUCCACACUGGAGAGAAACCUUAUAAGUGUUCACGCUGUGACAAGAGAUUCAGUCAGUCAGUAUGUCUGAAAAAUCAUGAGAGGAUCCACACUGGAGAGAAACCUUACAAGUGUUCACACUGUGACAAGAGAUUCAGUGUUUCAUCAAGUCUGAAAACACAUGAGAGGAUUCACACUGGAGAGAAACCGUAUAAGUGUUCACACUGUGAAAAGAGAUUCAAUAAUUUAUUAAGUCUGAAAAGACAUGAGAGGAGUCACACUGGAGAGAAACCUUACAAGUGUUUAAUCUGUGACAGGAAAUUCAGGGAUUCAUCAAAUCUGAAAAGACAUGAGAGGAUUCACACUGGAGAGAAAGCACAUCACCGCCAUGUACGUGGGAAGCGUACCAUUAAGUCAUCUGUUAUACACAGUCAAACAAAAACCAACCACAGUAAGGCCCUGUGCACGCGGAGACGCAUUUAUCUGUUUAUAUAAAUAUGUUGUAUGGUAUAUGCGUUUCAUCUAGACGGAUCCGACAUUCGGGGAGUGAAAACCCUAUUUUUUUUUUUAAACCAGGUCCCAGAGUGGAUAAAUCUGAAAAUGACACCUUUGUGUUUUUGUGUACUGCCAAUCCAUAUGUUUUGUAAAACAAUGAUGUCAUCACCCCAAGUCUCGACCAUAGUCAGACACCGCUACGUCAUUUAACACCAACAGCAAUGGAGGACUACAUGUUUGUGCUCAUGCUGCAGAAGCUACUGAGCCUGUAAGCUUGACUAAACUUACUAGUAGAGCAGCACGAUAUUGGAAAACAACUCACAUUGCGAUAAUUUUUCUGAUUAUUAGGAACACCAUACUAAUACUGUGUUUGACCCCCUUUCGCCUUCAGAACUGCCUUAAUUCUACGUGGCAUUGAUUCAACAAGGUGCUGAAAGCAUUCUUUAUAAAUGUUGGCCCAUAUUGAUAGGAUAGUUGAUGAAGAUUUGUGGGAUGCACAUUCAGGACACGAAGCUCCCAUUCCACCACAUCCCAAAGAUGCUCUGUUGGGAUGAGAUCUGGUGACUGUGGGGGCCAUUUUAGGACAGUGAACUCAUUUUCAAGUUCAAGAAACCAAUUUGAAAUGAUUUGAGCUUUGUGACAUGGUGCAUUAUCCUGCUGGAAGUAGCCAUCAGAGGAUGGGUACAUGGUGGUCAUAAAGGGAUGGACAUGGUCAGAAACAAUGCUCAGGUAGGC